ACGUGACUCGGCUGGUUACUGCGGAACUCCACAUGAGGCGCUCUGUUUCCCGGAGCAAUCAAUCAUUACGUUUCAGUGGAACUUCCGGGGGCGGGGUCAGGCUGGCGCUGGUUGGAUACAGCAGCUCUGAAGAUGAGGGUGAAGCGGCGGAGCGGAGCGAGCCGCCAUCUCCGCUCCCCGUCCCUCAGGCUGUACUGAACAUGUUCCCAGACGCUGAGCACCUCGAUGAUGUCAGUAAACAUGGCGGACGUCUGCGCAGCUUCCGUCAUGAGCGCGGCAACUGGGCCUCUUAUGUGUACGCGGCAUUUCAUCCUCAGGAGGAAUUUGGGGAGAUGCUGGAGGAGCUGGAGACAGUGGCCAGGAAACAUGGCGUCGUUCUAACCAAAAUGGAGGAGCUGCACAUCAGCCUCUCGCAGACGGUCGUCCUGCGUCACCACUGGAUUCAUCCGUUUGUCCAGUCGCUCAGGGACAGACUUUCUUCUGGGAGACGGUUUCUGUGUGUUGCUGACCAGCUAAAGGUUUACGUGAACAAAGAGAAGACCAGGACGUUCUUGGGGCUGGAGGUGGUUCGUGGACAUCAGCAGCUCCUGGAGGUCGUGUCACAAGUGGACAAGUCCUUACAGGAGUUUAAUCUGGAGACUUUUUACCAGAAUCCCUCAUUCCAUGUCAGCCUGGCCUGGUGUGUGGGCGAUGUGACCAAAACUUUCCAGGGGGCCUGCCUACUGGAGCUACAGAAGGUUGUGGACGAGUUUGAAGACUGUGAGGUUCUGACCCGUUUCUAUGCAGAUGAAAUUUACUGUAAAUGCGGUAAUAAAGUCAUGUCCAUCCCACUCCACUGAGCAGUGGCCCCUCGGCACAGCCUGUAUGUACAAUAAAGAUUUCUAGAAAGUU